GUCCCGGCACGGCAUCCCUGGCGCGGUCCCUGGCAGGUGGCAUCGGCAGCGGGGUGCCACCGGACUUUUGGACGAGCACCGUGCUGGUGCGGAGCCCAGGGCUCCCAGCCCCUCCACCUUGUGGGGCUCUGGUGCGGCACUGGGACCUGUGGGUCCUCAGCGUCCUGCAGCCGUGCUCGCCCAUCAUUGCCCUUUCUCUUCUCUUUCAGAAUAAGGUGCUGACGGUGGAUGGGGUGAAGGUGAAGCUGCAGAUCUGGGAUACGGCCGGGCAGGAGCGCUUCCGCAGCGUCACCCACGCCUACUACCGGGACGCCCACGCCCUGCUCCUGCUCUACGAUGUCACCAACAAAGCGUCGUUUGACAACAUCCAGGCUUGGCUGACAGAGAUUCAUGAAUACGCGCAGCAAGACGUGGUCCUCAUGUUACUGGGAAACAAGGUGGAUUCAGCCCAGGACAGAGUGGUGAAAAGGGAAGAUGGAGAAAAAUUAGCCAAGGAGUACGGUGUGCCCUUUAUGGAGACCAGCGCAAAAAGUGGCCUCAAUGUUGAAUUAGCGUUCACAGCCAUUGCAAAGGAACUGAAGCACAGGUCCAUGAAGCUGCCCAACGAGCCCAAAUUCAAGCUCCACGACUACGUGAAGAAGGAAGUGAGAGGCUCGGGCUGCUGCAGGUCCUAA